AUGCUGCGGUCCUGGGCGACGGCCGCAAGCCAGGCCAUGCCUCCUGGUGCUCAAGAGAAGGCCGCAGAGGUGCUGCAGGCGGCGAGCAAGGUGCUGCAGCCGGCGGCGGCGGCGCUCCGCCUGCAGGCUCGCCGGCUAGAGCCUGUGGUCACCCCAGCGCUGGCCGCGGCAGCCCCGCACCUGAGGCAGGCCGGGCAGUGGGCCAACCAGCAGGUGACGGCGUUGGAGCCGUGGCAGGAGUGGGCCAACCAGCAGCUGACGGCGCUGGAGGCGUGGCAGGUGGUGCUGGCCACCGUGGUGGCGACGCUAGUUGCGGCUCGCCUGCUGCGGGCCUUCCGCGCUGCUGUGCGCACUGUUCAGGACAAGGGCUGGCGCCAGGUGGUGGCGGGAUUCGUGCUGGAUCUGCCGCUGGUGCGGGGCCGCGUGGCGCAGCAGCAGGCGGCGCUGGCAGCCAAGAUUCGGGAGGACCUUCGGAAGAAGGCGGCGGCAGGCGGUGCGCCGCCGGCGCUGCGGGCGCUCCCCAAGGCCGGCAGCGCGCCCAACGACGUCAAGCGGCAGCUCAAGUACAAGGAGGGCGAGGACAUGCGGUUCACAGACGGCGACAGCCGCGUGUCGGGCACUGUGUACAUGGCUGGCGCGCUGCACAAGCAGCUGCUGGCGGAGGCUUACUCCAUGUUUGCCCUCACCAACCCCAUGCACAGCGACGUGUUCCCGUCUGUGCGCAAGAUGGAGGGGGAGGUGGUGGCCAUGACGGCCAGCAUCCUGGGAGGCGGCCCCGCGGGCAACCCCUCUGUGUGCGGCAGCAUGACCAGCGGCGGCACCGAGUCCAUCCUGACUGCCGUCAAGGCCAGCCGCGACUACAUGGCAGCGACGCGGGGCAUCACCCAGCCUGAGAUGGUGGUGGCGUAUUUCAAGAUCCGCCUCAUCCGGCUGCCGGUGGGGCGCGACUUCCGCCUGUCGGCCGCCGCGGUGCGGUCUGCCGUGGGCCCCAACACUGUGCUGGUGGCGGCCUCAGCACCCGGCUUCCCCCAUGGGCUGGUGGACCACGUGGAGGAGAUUGCAAAGGUCACGCGGCGGCGCGGCAUCCCGCUGCACGUCGAUUGCUGCCUGGGCGGCUUUGUGCUGCCCUUUGCGCGCAAGCUGGGCCACCGCGUGCCGCCCUUUGACUUCUCGGUGCAGGGGGUGACAAGCAUGAGCGUGGACACGCACAAGUUUGGCAUGGCGCACAAGGGCACCAGUGUAGUGCUGUACCGCAGCAAAGACAUCAGGCGUCACCAGUACACCUCCAUCACCGACUGGACCGGCGGCCUGUACAUCAGCCCCGGCUUUGCCGGCAGCCGCUCGGGGGCGCUCAUCGCCACCGCCUGGGCCGCCCUGGUGCACCUGGGGGAGGAGGGAUACCUGGCUGCCACAGACGCCAUGAUGCGUGCGGCGCAGCGGUUUGUGGCGGGGGUGCAGGCGAUUGAGGGGAUUGAGGUGGUGGGGGAGCCGGAGAUGACGGUGGUGGCGGCGCUCGACAUCUACAAAGUGAACGACCUGCUGAGCCAGCGCGGGUGGCACCUCAACGCGCUGCAGCGCCCCGCCGCGCUGCACAUCUGCCUGACCGCGGCGCACUCCCCCGCCAUCGUGGACCUGCUGCUGCGGGACCUGCGGGAGGCGGUGCAGGCGGCGCUGCAGGACCCCAAGGCUGGGGGCGACGGCAUGGCGCCGCUGUACGGCAUGGCGGCCGCCGUACCCGACCGCCGCGUCGUGUCGCAGUUCCUCACCGCCUACCAGGACGCGCUGCUGGAGGCGCUGUGA